AUGCGUAUCUGUGUUCUGCCUCUCGCUCCAUCCCGCCGCGGCUGGCGCGGUGCCGACGCGCUGCUAUUCCCACGGACGAGCCCCUCUCCGCCCUUGCCCGCACUGGCACCCGGGGCCUCCAGCCCCCACGGCCUCCAAGCAGGCUCCCCAGUACCCUCAAAAACCCGCCUGCCACCCCCGGCCCGGGCGCCCACGCUCGAGGGCGCCUACAAAAUGGCGGCGGGGGCCGCCGCAGCCAACCAUAGAGACACGCGCCUGGCGCUGAGAAGCUGCUCUCUCCUUUGUUUGCAGGGCAGCAGCUCUUCCCAGCUCCAGUCUUGGACUGUCCAACCCUCCUUCGAAGUGAUCUCGGCACAGCCACAGGUCUUUGUCCUUCAUCCACCUGUGCCAUCGCCGGUCAGCCCACGUCACGCAAACGAGAGAAAGUCAGACUCCAGAAACUAUUUACCCAUUCUGAAUUCUUACGCCAAAAUAGCCCCCCACCCAGGCAAAAGGAGCCUUUCCCUCAACUCAGAAGAAAGAGGAGCAAGUGGAAUGCUGAAGAAAAUCUGUACUGAGAGACCAGGGUCCAGCUUGCCUUCCAGGGAGCCAGGCAAAGCUGGCACUGGACUAUCCAAUCCCUCCACUCCAGCACCCCCCAGCACCAAACUCGCCGAGGACUCAGCUCCGCAAGGUGUGCCCUCCCUGGUGGCAGGUGGCAGUCCACAGACUCUUCAGCCAGUGUCCAGCAGUCAUGUGGCUAAAGCUCCCAGUCUGACCUUUGCAUCCCCGGCCAGCCCCAUCUGUGCUGCUGACAGUACUCUGCAUGGCUUAGAGAGCAGCUCUCCCCUCUCCCCACUGUCAGCAAAUUACAGCUCACCCUUGUGGGCUGCCGAGCACCUCUGCCGCAGCCCAGAGGUCUUCCCGGAGCAGCAGCAGAACAAACACAGGCGCUUUCACAACACCCUUGUAGUCCUGCACAAGUCUGGCCUUCUGGAGAUCACUUUGAAAACGAAAGAAUUGAUUCGUCAGAAUCAGGCAACUCAGGUGGAGCUAGACCAGCUGAAGGAACAAACCCAGCUUUUUCUAGAGGCCACCAAGAGCAGGGCUCCUCAGGCCUGGGCUAAGCUGCAGGCAUCUCUAACAUCUGGAUCCAGUCAUCUAGGCAGUGACCUAGAUGCAUUCUCCGAUCACCCCGACAUAUAGCACAGGGGCUUAUGUUCCUGUUAUCUGAGUGGUUCUUUUCAUUCUUGCUGUUACUCACACAUGUUUCCCAUACAUUAGAGCAUUUCCUUCUAAACUCACUCAUGAAACCACAUGCCAGCCCCUGGCUGAUGUCUUAACCUGUAGUCCAUGCGUGGGCCAUGCAUGUCUUCGUUCCACUGAGGAUGUCUGGUUCCCAGUGUCCUUGAGUCUUUUCCUUAGCUGGCAGACACUUAGCUGCAUCAUAGGGCAAAGGAGGAGAGAUGACUGUGGGGU